GUCUGUGCAUGUAUGAAUUGCAUACUGAAUUAUAUCUAAUCAGGGAUAUCCGCCUUGACAUUAUAACAAUCCUAUAGUUUAAAGCUGCUAAGUUCAGUUUAAUGUUGUUUGUUUGCAAAACUAUAUGUUGUUUAUUAAAUUUACAUAUUUCAACAUUGAUGUUGAAAGACAAGUCGACGGUAUUUACUAUUGUGGAUUACAUUGUUAAGCGUUUAUUUCAAUGGUUAUACGAGUUUUGUUCGUUAAGAUAGUUCAUUCGUAUAUAGAUGUUGUUGAUAAGGAAGCCCUUUUCACACAUUUAAACGGAUAUAUUAUUGAUAAAUUAUACGCAUUGCUCUUUAAAUCCACGACAUAAGGAUUAACAUUAAAAACGUAAAUGCAGAUAUAGCACUUACCUGCACCUUACAUGCAUCGAUUUUCGCGCAAAAUGCGGAGAGCGACAUACGGAAAACCGACAUGAAACUGCAACGUUUUACGUGUCUGAAAUGAUUCAUAUAUGAUAUUGAACUUGAAAUUACAAUGGCCUUCAGGAAUUCAACGUGUCUGCAAGCAUUGUUUGUAUGAAUUGGUUGGAGAAUAAUACGUGAACAAUGGCGAGACUUGGGGAUGUUUUCGGCGUCCAAGAAAUGACGAACUGGUUGAAGGCAUGGCUGGCAUUGAACAUCACAAAAGAUGGGUUGCAUGAGUUCGUUGACAGAGAAGUAAAACAGUUUCAGACAGGAAUAUAUCAAAACAUCACGUCAACAUUAGGUCCGUCGGCGAAUACAACAUGUACAAGCUGCUUUACUGCUAAUAUAUUACCAUGCCCCACACAAGGGGUAUGCAAGAAACGCGGGAGGAAAUCAUGUAAAUCCAUGCAUGACACACCUAGCAGACGGCAUCGACCUUGUCCACUUAGCAUUUGCGAGGCAGUUCGUGACCAUAUUAAGAACGAUCAUCGGUUCUAUGGACCCUCGUGGAAAAACACUAGUGCUGAGCAAUGGGCGUGCAAUCACUGGCAAAUUGGUAAAUGUUUUAUGCCCACAGAUGGAUAUAGUGGAGUGACGUCUAUUCGGGAUACAGAUUUCAACGGUGUCAUUAGUGUAAUUUUGAACUGUAAACACUUUGAUAACCUGAUGUCAUUUAGCAUAGCUCCCAUGUCGUUUGGGCCGUGUCUUUUAACAAAGGCACGUGACAUUGGCAAAGCUGUCCGACAUUCUUCAUCGUGUGAAGUAACAGACUCUGACCUCAACGAUUAUUUUAAUACACUAGAAACAUUGCUCAAGGAUUCAAAGACACUAGCAAACGACAGUAGCGCACAAGAUGCGGUCAGCAAGUUGAAUCUGUUACGAAAAGAGAGCACUAUUUCUUUUGCGGAAAUGAGUCACCUGCUGAAAGAUGCACACGAGACUUUAGGAAAGGCUGAAAACGUUACCAAGGAGUGCAAGUCACAAAUGGAAUCAUACAUGGAACAACUGAAGACAAAACUAGAUGAGCACGCUGAAACACUUACAAAACAACAUACGAAAAACUUUACUGAGGAGGCAAACAUGUUUACAGAAGUAAAAAAAGCAAAUAUUACAGAACAUGCAAAUGCGUGCACAGUAGAAAGUAAAACACUCAUUAAUGAAUAUGCAAACACGUGUACUGAAGGAAGUAAAAGAAACAUUUCGGAAUAUACUCUCACAUGUACAGAAGAAAGUAAAAUAAACUUAACGGAACAUGUAAACACACUGGCAAAGAAGUCCAUACAAGAUAUUCAAGGAGCCAUCUCGUCGAAGAAAGAAAGCGACUAUGAAAAUGAAGUCAAAGAUUUCGUGAGGCGAUUAAAACAGCAUUACAAUUUAACGAUGAGUCACGUGUCGAUAUCAACAUUAUUGCCAAGUGGCGACGAAUUCCUAUAUAAAAUAUAUGCAACGCAUGCAAUAUGCCGAAUAGUUGAGAGCAAUGGCGGUAAUAAAACCGAAAAUCCAAUUACAACGUACAAAGAAAUAUUAUGUAGGGGUGAAUAUGAAAAACUACACAAGCGUAUAUUUUUACAAAGCGAAGCUGGCAUGGGAAAGACAACUUUUGCAUGUAAACUGGUAUUGGACUGGUGUAAUCCAGAAGGUUCAUUAUCAUCUAUCUCUAAAACGUUCGGUGACGCGAACACGUUGCAAGACUUUAAACUUGUAUUAUUAAUUACUUUGAGAGAUUCUGUUUGUGAACGCGAUGUAACUAAUAUGAUCAAAGAACAGAUAAUCGACAUGGUUUAUACUGAUACAGAACGAAAUGACGCGUAUGUUAUGCUGAAUAAAAUCAUGCAACAAGAAAUGUGUUUGGUGGUACAAGACGGGUUAGACGAGUGGAAGGAUCCGCAAGGGAAACUAGCUCAGCCUAUCAUGCUUUCCUGUUACAGCCAGUGUACAGUUUUAACUACAACAAGGCCAUGGAAAUUGACAGAUGAACGCAUCAGACAAUCUCAAAUUGACAGCUUAUUUGAAUUGAAAGGAGUCAGUGAUCCAUAUGAGCUGUGCAAAUCACUCCUUGAUAGCUUUGGGUGCAAUACAUUAAACGAGUUUGAACAAUAUGUAACAAAAAAUAGACUACGUGCUUUACUGUUUUCGCCAAUGUUGAUCUCGCUAAUUGUAAGUGCUUGGGUCGACGGAACACGAUUGACAGGGUCGCGUUGCGAUAUAUACACUGUUUUGAUUGACGGUCUUUUUAAAAAAGCGAGUGAAAAUAUAAGCUUUUUUGUUCAGCCACCAUUGAUGUGCUUCCAAAACACACGUUACCUUCAACAACAUUUUGAACAUCUGCAAGCCAUUUCCAAAACAGCAUUUUUAAUGUUGUUUUCAGCAGAGCGGGAACACUCACUGGUUAUAAGCGAUCGACAAUUGUCGCAAUAUCUGUCACAAGAACAGAAAGACUUUGCCCUUAGGACAGGUGUUAUUACGGAAAGAAAAUGUGUCAGUAGAACAUAUCAAAAUUCAACGUGUUCAUUUAUUCAUAAAAGUGUACAGGAAUUUCUAGCUGCUGUUCACAUAGCACGAAACAGUGCUGAUCUUGCUGUCGUUGCUAGAUACUUUACCGAAAAUUCUAACGCGAUUUUUGAAAAUCAGAUAUUUAUUUUUUUGUGCGGUUUAAACAUUUUAUUAGCAAAUGAAUUGUCUCGCAUUAUAGACAGCACUACAACUUCUGAAUACUUAUUGUCCACAUACAUAUCGGGGUUUAUCGAAGCGCAAGCAAAUGGCCAGAAUCCGAAUGAUAUUGAUCUUAAACUCAGUCGUUUCAAAGGGUCUUAUUCUGAUUUGAUCAAAUGCGACGCUUCUUUUCGCAUCUUGCAAAUGAACAAGUCAAAUGCGAAGCUUCUUCAGAUAGGCUCUUAUACCGAUACGAUAAGGCUGAAAAGACUAAUAGACGACGAAACAGUAGUGCGUGAGUUUGAUUUAUCUUCUUUUCGAAAUCUUGAAAGCCUCAAAAUGUAUAUAGGAAUCGAACUACGACCUUACGUUUUUCACAGACUUUCGCAACUGAAGAAUUUAAACUUGCAUGCAUGUGAGUGUAAAGGGUUGGAUUUAUCAUCAUGCCAUAGACUGGAAGUACUAGAUAUUUUUGGCGGAGAAAUCACGCUAAAACCAAAUGCAUUAAAUGGGCUUGCACAACUGAAGAAAUUAGAGUUGUGGUCUUGUAAGUGUACACAAUUAAACUUAUCAUCAUGUCACAAUCUGGAAACUAUUUAUCUUUAUGGCGAAGGAAUCGCGCUACAAUCGAACGCCUUUCAUAGACUUGUGCAGCUGAAGAUGUUAAAGUUAAAGGACUGUGAGUGCCAAAGCAUGGACUUAUCAUUAUCAUUAUGUCAAGGUCUGGUUCUAGGUGACAAAAUCACGCUAACACCAAAUGCAUUAAAUGGGCUUGCACAACUGAAGAAGUUAGAAUUGCAUGCAUGUGAGUGUAAAGGGUUGGAUUUAUCAUCAUGCCAUAGGCUGGAAGUACUAGAUAUUAUUGGCGGAAAAAUCAUGCUAAAACCAAAUGCAUUAAAUGGGCUUGCACAACUGAAGAAUUUAAAGUUGUGGUAUUGUAAGUGUACACAAUUAAACAUAUCAUCAUGUCACAAUAUGGAGACUAUUAAUCUUCAUGGCGAAGGAAUCGCGCUACAACCGAACGCCUUUCAUAGACUUGCGCAGCUGAAGAUGUUAAAAUUACAUUUCUGUGAGUGCCAACGCAUUGACUUAUCAUUAUGUCAAAGUCUGGACACGCUUCAUCUUGUAGGUGACAAAAUCACGCUAACACCAAAUGCAUUAAAUGGGCUUGCACAACUGAAGAAGUUAGAAUUGCAUGCAUGUGAGUGUAAAGGGUUGGAUUUAUCAUCAUGCCAUAGACUGGAAGUACUAGAUAUUAUUGGCGGAGAAAUCAUGCUAAAACCAAAUGCAUUAAAUGGGCUUGCACAACUGAAGAAUUUAAAGUUGUGGUAUUGUAAGUGUACACAAUUAAACAUAUCAUCAUGUCACAAUAUGGAGACUAUUAAUCUUCAUGGCGAAGGAAUCGCGCUACAACCGAACGCCUUUCAUAGACUUGCGCAGCUGAAGAUGUUAAAGUUACAUUUCUGUGAGUGCCAAAGCAUGGACUUAUCAUUAUGUCAAAGUCUGGAAACGCUUCAUCUUGUAGGUGACAAAAUCACGCUAACACCAAAUGCAUUAAAUUGGCUUGCACAACUGAAGAAAUUAAACAUGCAAUACUGUGAGUGUAAAGGGUUGGAUUUAUCAUCAUGUCAUAGACUGGAAGUACUAGAUAUUAUUGGCAGCAAAAUCACGCUAAAACCAAAUGCAUUAAAUGGGCUUGCACAACUGAAGAAAUUAAAGUUGUGUUAUUGUAAGUGUACACAAUUAAACUUAUCAUCAUGUCACAAUAUGGAGACUAUUGAUCUUGAUGGCGUAGGAAUCGCGCUACAACCGAACGCCUUUCAUAGACUUGCGCAGCUGAAGAUGUUAAAGUUACAGGGCUGUGAGUGCAAAAGCAUGGACUUAUCAUUAUGUCAAAGUCUGGAAAAGCUUGAUCUUAGUAGUGACAGAAUCAGGAUACAUCCGAACGCCUUGCAUGGACUUGCGAAGCUGAAGAUAUUAACGUUGGAGGGCUUUGAGUGUAAAUUGUUGGACUUAUCGCAGUGUCCGAAUCUGAAAACUAUACACCUGUGUAAUAGAAUAACACUAAAACCGAAUACCAUUCAUGGACAUGCUCAGCUGAAGAUAUAUAACAUUUAGGGAUGUGAGUGUAAAGGGUUGGACUUAUCAUCAUGGCAUAAUCUGGAAAAAAUAGAUCUGUGUGGCAAACCUCUCACGCUACAGCCUAAUGUCUUAAAUGGACUUGCGCAGCUGAAGAUAUUGAAGUUUAAAGGCUGUGAGUGUAAAGCCUUGGACGUCUUAUCAUGUUGCAAUCUGGAGACUAUUGAUCUUCGUGGUGAAGGACUCUCGCUACAACCGAACGUCUUUCAUGGACUUGCACUGCUGAAGAUAUUGAAAAUUGAGGGAUGUUAGUGUAAAAUGUUGGACGUAUCAUCAUGACACAAUCUGAAGACUAUUGAUCUUCGUGGUGAAGGAAUCACGCUUCAACCGAACGCCUUUCAUGGACUUGCACACCUGAGGAUAGUAAAUGUGGUGGAUAUUCAAUGCAACAGUUUGAAAUUUUUUGUAACAAUCAUAAUAUAUUUUCCACGUGCAACGCUGCUGGCGAAAAGACAUCGGUAGUAUUAAUAGUAUUUUUUUUAUAAUAAUGUGUUCCUUUAAUAUUCAACUGGCAUAUAAUCCAGGGCUGUGUUUUGCUAUUAUUCAACUGUAUAGUUUAGAAUAAUGGUUCUUCACGUAUGUAUUUGUAAUACAGAUAUAUAAAAUAGGUGUUUGUAUGGUCCUUAAAUUCAAAUGGUAUAAUUUUCUUAUCACUAUUGAUUAAAAACGUAUGUAUGUAGUGUAUGUACAUUUGAUUACCAUAUGUUUCUGUGUAACAGGAUCUGAAUUGUUCAAAUAAUUGUGUACUAUAAGUUAUUGUUUACAUAAGCGAGUAUUUCGUAUAAGAAGAUGUUUUGUUCCUUCUUACUUGCACUGUUUCUGUCUUUAUUGAAAUAUUUGUUUAGUCUAGCUAGCACGCACCUUGCGAAGAAUGACCUCUACCGUUGGCAUCUGCCGAAGUGGAUAUUACCCUAUGAGGGUACAACAUUUACAAUGGACCCACUAUGCAUACGAUUUGUUCUUUAUACCAAACAUGAUGUAUUUAAAACGAUGGAAAAGUGAAACAUUCAGAUCUUAUAUGAAGAUCAAGAGCUUAUCAACAUAGAUUUUUUGAUUGAUUGAUUUUCAAACUUUCCCAUUUUUUGUAGUAAAUUAGAAAUAACAGCAGGCGAAGUGUUGUAUUAUCAACUUUUGUAAAUACCAAAUAUAUUGAUAGGAAAUAAAAGUUUUUUCUUCAAGUCAUCGUUUGAUGCUUGAAUUCCCUGUAUAUGUGAUAUCUUGUGAAAUGAAACCUUUAUUUCUGUUGAUGAAUUAAGUGAACUGUUCAAUUCGAAAAUAAAUUUCAGAUAAAUUUGUGAAAAAAAAUUGUAUACCGUGUCCUAAACAACACAUAAUUGAACCCUUUUCCACCAUUAUUAUAACGUAUAUUAAAACAGGAAUCCGGUGCUAAAACAAUGUACAACCUUCAGUAAUAACAAAAUGGUGUAUAAAACUCAACACCAUUAUUAAUGAUAAUGAAUGGAAUUGCAUUUUUGAACUAUCCUUUGUAAUUACAAAUAAUAUAAAGAUACAGUGAUUCCAAUACAGAAUAAUUCAAAGGGUACUUGGAACAAAUAGACUUUUGAACAAAAUAAAAAUAAUUGAUGAUCCAUUGUGUUCUUUUUGCAAACAAAGUGAGGAAAAUUUAGAACAUGUAUGCUAGGAAUGUCAGAAAUCUGAAGCAUUAGGUGAUGAGAUAUUAUCAGGAUAAUUGUGUUUUUUUUUCAUGAAUAAGGAAAAUUGUCUUCUUGGGUAUUUAACAAAGUCAGCUAGAGCCGUAAUAAUGGUAUUUUGUUUAUUAAACUAUACUUUUACAUGUGUAAAAUAAAAAAAUGUCAUACCAAACAUUAAUGGAGCCAAACAAAUACAUAAAGUAUGAAUAUAACUUAAGAAAAAUAUCAAUUUCAUGAAAUAAUUCAGAAUCCUUUGAGCUUGAAUGGGAAUUGUUUACUAAUAUUAUAGAACAAACGUUGUAUUUAAAGGUUAUGAAUAUUGUAGUUCUUUACAACUUUGUACAAAUACUAUUUUUUAACUCAAAGAACCAAGUUGUAAUUAAAAAAAAAUAUGUUGGACCUAUAUAUCAUAACUCAUAAUUACAUGUCCUAUUUUUCUUUUCUCAACCUUUUUUAGCUCACCUGAGCACAACGUGCUCAUGGUUAGCUUUUGUGAACGCUUUUUGUCCAUCGUCCGUUGUGCGUUUUUCGGCAUCAACAUUUACCUUGUCAACUCUCUAGAGGCCACAUUUAUUGUCCAAUCUUCAUGAAAUCAGAAAUCAGAAGAUUGGUUUCAGUGAUAUCUUGGAUGAGUUCAAAAAUGGUCACGUUUGCUUGAAAAACAUGGCUGCCAAGGGGCGGGGCAUUUGUCCUUAUAUGGCUAUAUAUGGCUAUAGUAAAAUCUUGUUAACACUCUAGAGGCCACAUUUAUUUUCCAAUCUUCAUGAAACUUGGUCAGAAGAUUCAUCCCAAUAAUAUCUUGGACGGACUCGAAAAUGAUGCCGGUUGGUUUAAAAAUAUGGCUGCCAGAGGAAGGGGCAUUUUCCGUAUAUGGCUAUAUAUAUUGUUAAACCUUGUUAACACUCUAGAGGCCACAUUUAUUAUCUAAUCUUGAUGAAAUAAGGUCAGAAAAUUUGUCUUAAUGAUAUCUUGGAUGAGUUUGAAAAUGGUUACGUUUGCUUGAAAAACAUGGCUGUCAAGGAGCGGGGCAUUUUUCCUUGUAUGGCUAUAUAAGGCUUUAGUAAAAUCUUGUUAACACUCUAGAGACCACAUUUAUAGUAUGAUCUUCAUGAAACUCGGUCAGAAGAUUCAUCCCAAUAAUAUCUUGGAGGAGUUUAAAACUGAUGCCGGUUGGUUGAAAAACAUGGCCACCACGAGGACGGGGCUUUUUUCCUUAUAUGGCUAUAGUAAAACCUUGUUAACACUCUAGAGGUCACAUUUAUUUUCCGAUCAUCAUGAAACUUGGUCAGAAGAUUUGGCCCAAUGAUAUCUUGGAUGCGUUCGAAAAUGGUUUGGUUGCUUUAAAAAACAUGGCCAACAGGGGCGGGGCAUUUUCCUAAUAUGGCUAUAAAUAUGGCUGUAGUAAAACCUUGUCAACACUCUAGAGGCCACAACUAUUGUCCAAUCUUCAUCAAAUUUGGUCAGAAGAUAUGUCUCAAUGAUAUCUUGGAUGAGUUAAAAAAUAAUAAUGUUUGCUUGACAAAAUGGCUUCCAAGGGGAGGGGCAUUUUUCCUUAUAUAGCUAUAGUAAAAUCUUGUUAACACUCUAGAGGCCACAUUUACUGUCCGUUCUUCAUGAAACUUGGUCACAAGAUUCAUCCCAAUAAUAUCUUGGACGAGUUCAAAAAUGAUGCCGGUUGGUUGAUAACCAUCGCUGCCAGGGGGCGGGGCAUUUUUCCUUUUAUGGCUAUAGUAAAACCUUGUUAACACUCCAGAGGCCUCAUUUAUUUUCCGAUCUUCGUGAAACUUGGUCAGAAGAUUUGUCCCAAUAAUAUCUUGUUAUCUCAGGUGAGCGACAUUGGGCCUUUCAGGCCCUCUUGUUUUAUCUGAAUAUGCAAACACUAUUUGCUUAUAAAAAAUAUACAUACUUUAAAUAUAUAUUCAUCCUUGAAAAUGUCUUUUUUAAACGUACCUAUUUGUGUGUUUUAUGCAUUCUUUCCUCUGAAUAUGCAUAUAUACAAUUUAUUACAAUUGACGCUUAGUUAAAAUAUGUAUACUUACUGGAAAAUCUAGUUGUGUAAGUUUUUUCUUUAUAAAUACUUUUUUUAUUGUUAUUUGAAACACAAAUUGCACGCUGUCUUAUAUUUACAGCAUGUUUUCGUAGAUCAUUUCAAUUAAAAACAAACAUGUUCUAAGAUAUUAAGCAUUAGUUUUAAAUUGUGCGUAUUAUAUGUUAGUCUUUUUUUUUCGUAUGGAUAAGGUAGGGAUUGUUUUCACCUUUUAUGCUAAUGGCUUUAUCUUUGUGCGUCACUGUCUAUAAUUAUUUAGAUAAAGUAUGACUUUAGAUGUGUUUUUUAUUUUAUUUCUUGGCAUGCAACUGUCUAUAAGUAUAUAUAGAUAACAUUUCACUUAAGAUAUGUUACGUGUGUAUGUAUCUGUUUUCAGUCUUGUUAAAAAUGUGUUGCAAAAUGUCCAAUGUGCAUCUUUAACUUUAAGCUUAAAUAUUACUGAAGAGGCCAUUAUUUUCAUCCUCGUUUGCCUUUCAUUGUGCUUCAUUCCUGCUUUUACAUUUUCGUAAUUAUUCAAACAUACAUUUUUUUAAGAUGUUGUUUAGGAUCCGGCAUUUAAGUAUUGGUAGUCAACUGCUAUCUUUGAUUAAUCACUACCAAACAACGUAUAUGUAUUACUAUGGAAACAUAUUACACUUAUACAUGUUCCUUGCAGUCAAUUAGCCAUAUAAUAUGAUUUUUCAAAUCAUUUGUUUAAACGUUGUAUAUAUACUCUAAACUCUUAAUUGUUUCGCUCAUUUAUUUAAAUGACAAGCAAUACGCCGCUACUUAAUGCUGACCAUAAAAUGCGUGUCCUUUCGAACCAGAACAUUGUUGGACCCAUCCUUUCAGACAAUGCCAUGUGCGACAUUACAGGGAUGAUUCUUUGAUGUCGGUGAAUUCGACUAUACAAGAAAAUCUAAUGAGUUCAGGUGUGUAAGAGAUAGAGAAGGAGCCGUCGGUUAGUUUUUCAUUUUACCGAGAAAGAUUGUUCGAAACCCAGACUUUUCCAAAGAGCUAUCUUGCCUUUGAAAACCUCGUUUCCAGGGGAGCCAUAAAUUUCAUUGAAGAUCCGCCAGCAAAGAGUCAAUUAUAUAUACACUAAUAUCACAGCUAGCUGACGGAUAUCGGGUCACGCUAUGUUGUACAAGCUUAAUUGACUCCCGGUGUUGAUGGGGUAAGGCAGUCAUGUCCAUAGUUAACCGAUAUAGAAAUAUCGCAAGUAAGAAGACCGCUGUUGAGCUGUAAUUAGGUCAUCCCUCUUAGAAAUUUCGAAGCGAGUAAAGUCGAGAUAUAGAGCGAAUAUUAUUACGAAAUAAACGCUAGUAACUUUCUGUCUAAUAUGGCUGGAAAGUACGCGGUAUUUAAACAAUUAAUACAAGUAAUACAGGGUAUAACAACGGCAUGGGUGUCGCUAUCUUGAUGGUGAUUAUGGUGAAACCAAUUUGAUAACUUUUAAUAAAAAAAUAUUUAUUGAAACACAACGUCGGAUAAUGUGAAUUACAUAUAUUAAAUUUAUCAAAGGAUAGGCUAUAUAAAUAAAGCUUGUUUAUCAUUAAAAAAAUAUAUAUAUAAUUUGUACAUAUGUUCUUUGUCGAUGCCAAAAUAAAGAAAGUAAUAUGAAAGUA